UUUACCUACUUUCAACUUCUCUUCUACGCCAAGCCAUCAUGGAUCGAUAUUCUUCUCCUCAUUGUUGGCAGCAUUGCCGCCAUCGCCGCCGGUGCGCCGUUCCCUCUAAUGGGUAUCAUCUUCGGUCAGGUCGUCAACGACCUCAACAAAGCUUCUUGCAGCAGCAGUGACAUUGUGGGCCAGCAGACGCCAGACGAGCUUCAGGAUAGCAUAAACAAGAAGGUCCUGCAGAUUACUUACAUCGGCAUCGUGAGCUUCGCCCUCAUCUACAUCUACAUUGUCAGCUGGUCCCUCUUCAGUCGCCGCCUCGAGGCCCGUCUUCGCGAUCGCUAUUUCAUGAGCAUUCUCUUGCAGGAUGCUACCUUUUUCGACGAGAGACAAGCCGGCGAGAUCUCAUCCCGCCUCAAUUCCGAUAUUCAAGCCAUUCAGUCGGGUACUUCUGAAAAGGUCGGCAUCUGCAUGGCUUGCAUAUCCUUCUUCAUUUCCUCCUACGUUGUUGCCUUUAUCAAGAAUUCUACCUUGGCAGGAAUUCUUGUUUCACUGGUACCGGCCUUUUUGAUACUUGGAGGCGUCGGUAGCUUCUUUACAGCCAAGUUCGCGGGCGCAAUGUCUGAGAGGAUCGCAUCGGCUUCCUCAAUCGCCUCCGAGGUUCUGUCCAAUAUUCCUGUUGUCCAGGCGUUUGGUGCCGGUCCUCGUCUUGAAGCCAUCUUUGCUGAGAGGAUGAAGGGUGCUCGUAAGCAAGGCACUAACAAGGCCUUUGUUGCUGCUGUUCAGGCUGGAAUGCUCUACUUCAUUGCCUACUCUGCCAAUGCUCUCUCUUUCUGGCAGGGUAGUAAGCAGGUUGCCAGAACAGUUGAGGGGAAGAGCGAUAUUUCUGUUGGUGACAUCUAUACCGUUAUUCUGCUGUUGGUCGAUGCUUGUGUCAUUCUUGGAGGUAUCGCACCGCUACUACCUAUUAUCGCUGGCGCAGUUGGAGCUUUCGAAAAGCUACGACAGGACAUGGACACUCCGGCAGCAAUUGAUUCAGGCUCCGAGGAUGGCGAGAAGCUUGCCUUAGUCGAAGGAACCGUGUCAUUCACGGAUGUCUCGUUCGCCUACGUUUCUCGACCUCACCACAAGGUCCUGAAGAGUGUUUCGUUUGAAUGCCCUGCCGGGAAGCAUACAGCACUUGUUGGAUUGUCUGGAAGCGGCAAGUCGACUGUCGCUGGUCUCACUUCUCGCAUCUACGACCCCACAGAGGGAACUGUCUACCUGGACGGGCGCGACAUCAAGGAUCUCAAUGUCAAGAGCUUGAGAAGCCACAUGAGUCUGGUGCAGCAAGAACCCUCUCUUCUGGACCGUUCGAUCAUCGAAAAUAUCGCCCUUGGUAUCAUGAACUCUCCUCAGCCUGACCAUCAACGAUUUAGGGCUACUAUCCUGGGUACUGGUCUUGCUGAGUUGGCCACUAAGUUACGGAACGGCGAGGACCUCAAGACUGCUGCCCAGGGCUUCGGUCAGGACAUGGUCGAUCUCGUUGACCGGGUCCAGGAGGCUACUAAGCUGGCAGAUGCAGCCGGAUUUGUUGAGAAGCUUGAGAAUGGAUACGGAACACAAGUCGGUACUGGUGGAAAGCUCGUGAGCGGUGGUCAGCGACAGCGACUUGCCCUUGCCCGCGCUUUGAUUCGAGACCCUAAGAUUCUCAUUCUCGACGAGGCCACUGCUUCUUUGGACUCUGCUAGUGAACGUCGGAUCCAAACAGCCAUCGAAUCUAUCGCCAAAAACAGAACCGUCAUUGCCAUCGCCCACCGCCUGUCAACCAUCAAGAACGCUGACAACAUCAUUGUCAUGAACAAUGGCGAUAUCAUCGAGCAAGGAAAUCACCUGGAGCUCAUGGCGCUGAACGGCUCAUAUGCCAGCAUGGUUCGUCUGCAGACUGUCGACGCAGAGGAUGCAGGUUCCAUCACUAGCACUGUUGGAGAGUCGAGUGAGGGCAUCUACUCGGAAAAGGAAACUAUUGGCGACAUCAAGAUCAAGGAUGUGGAGAAGGAGGAAGUUGUCGAGACAAAGAAAGAGGAAGUCAAGGAACAGGAAACGGUCAAGGACAAGGACAAGGAAACUAGCCCUGAUGGAGAUGCCGCCUUGGACUCUAACAAGUCAGCCUGGGUGGUUAUCAAGAGCAUCAGUGGUAUGGCACGACCAUACAUCCUCCAUAUCUUGAUCUGCCUCCUGGCUGCCAGUAUCGUCGGACUGACCUUUUCGUCUGCUGGUCUCAUCUUUGGCUACACCAUCGACAACGUCAGCCCCUGCAACACUGCCGAUGACAUCUUGUGGGCCGGCAGGUUCUUUGGAGGCAUGUGGUUCAUGGUUGCCUGCGUGGAGCUGUUGGCCAAUACUACGAGCUGGACUGGUUUUGGUAUGAUUGCCGAAAAGUUGCUGUACAAGAUCCGAGUUCUUUGCUUCCGGUCUUUGUAUGAGCAGGAUCUUGACUGGCACCAGUCCGAGGGACGUACCCCUACUGCCCUCAUGUCCGUCAUUACGAGUGAUGCUGCUGCCGUGGGUGGCUUCAGCGGCUCUAUUAUCGGCACCAUCUUUUCGAUCGUGGUUAACUUCCUCGUCGCCAUCAUUCUCUCGCACAUCGUUGCUUGGAAGAUUGCCAUUGUGUGCCUGGUAGUCGUUCCUCUUCUUCUCGGCUCUGGCAUCAUGCAACUUCGAUCCCUCUCACAGUUCGAGCGUCGCCAUGCCGGCGCCUUCUCUAGUGCUGUGGGCAUCUCCGUGGAGGCUGUCAACUCGUUCAAGACCAUCUCUUCGCUCUCUAUCGAGCAUGAGAUCAUGGAAUCAUACCGACGUGCGCUUAAGGAGCCCCGGAAGGAGAUGACCUUUGCGUCUAUGUAUGCCAACUUAUGGCUUGCCAUCGCAAACAGCACUGGAAACCUGAUCUAUGCCUUUGCAUACUGGUGGGGAUCUAACCGAAUCACAAAGGGUGAGGCCACGCAGCGAGAGUUCUUCAUCAUUCUCAUCUGUAUGUUGGUCAGCGCACAGCUCUGGGGUCAAAUGUUCAGUCUUGCCCCUGAAGUGUCUCGAGCUAGAGCUGCGGCAUCGCGAAUCUUGAGUUUGAUCGACAUCGGGUCUUCAAAGGAUCAGGCCAAGAAGCGCAAGCUGACCCUGGCUAUUGACGAGACGGAGAAGGAGGAUAUCGAAGCACGGGCAGAAGCUCCUGUCAAGAGUGGUAGCACCACGGGCGCUACUAUAGUCUUCAAGGACGUCAAGUUUGCGUACCCUGCGCGACCCCAUAUCCAGAUUCUCACGGGUAUGUCGUUCACCAUCCAAGCAGGACAGUUUGUUGGUCUUGUUGGCCCUUCGGGUGCUGGAAAGUCAACCAUCAUGUCCCUGGUACAGCGCAUGUAUCGACCCUUGAGUGGAACUGUUGAGAUCAACGGGGACGAUAUCUGCGCCCGCGAAGGCACCGAGUUUCGCCACGAUAUUGCUGUGGUGCCCCAGGACUGCGCUCUCUUUGAUGGAACAAUUCGAUUUAACGUGGCACUCGGUGCUACACCAGACCACCGCCCAACAGACGAGGAGAUCCAUGAAGCAUGCAAGCUGGCCAACAUUCACGACAUGAUCAUGGAGCUGCCUGACGGCUAUGAAACUGAGUGCGGACCAAACGGCUCACGGCUCUCGGGAGGACAACGUCAGCGCCUAGCAAUUGCCCGUGCUCUCGUGCGUAAGCCAAAGCUGCUACUCCUCGAUGAGAGCACAAGUGCGCUAGACGCCGAGAGCGAGCGUGCUCUGCAGGAAGGGUUAGAGCGUGUAGCACGUGGUAUCACAGUCAUCGCCAUCACUCACAGAUUGCAUACAGUACGCAAGGCAGAUGUCAUCUUCAUGGUGGAGGCCGGCAAGGUCGUUGAGAAGGGACGGCACGAGGAGCUUGUGGAGAGAAGUGAGACGUAUCGCACGAAUGCUCUUCAGCAGAUGCUGGGCAGUUAG